AUGGGUGUUGAUUCUUCAGUCGUUGUAGAUGGAGGUGCAGUCAACGGAGUCAUCGGGGCUCCGCCUGACAGCGGCUCCGGAAGUCGUCCCACGGGUCCGGAGGUCCCCAAAACCCGGGCAUGUGCCAAUUGCGCCCGGCUGAAGAUGAAGUGUCGAUGGCCCGAGUCUGGGGCCGGCAAGGGGGAUGCCGGUUGCAUAAGAUGUAACCGCAUGAAGAUUCCGUGCCAUGUGCCGGCACCGGUACAGCGGAAGAAGAGAGGCAAAUCAACGCGAGUGGCCCAGCUGGAGAAGAAGAUUGACGGCUUGGUGUCCAUGCUUGCGAGUGGUCAGCACAUGCAGGCGUCUGGGACACCACCCUUGACUCCUGAAAGCAACGAUACUGGUGCGGUUACAAUCAGUGAUGCACCCAAGUUACACCUGCAAAAGCCGUUGCAAGAUGCUGCGCUGCCACAGCCAGUUGCGCGUGAAGCUCCGCAGAUACCGCUCACUAUCCCGUCUGAGCCGGCAACUACCUUCCAGUUGAUCCCGGGCUUUAGCUUUACUUUUGAAGAGGUGCUUUCUUACUUUGAUAUAUAUCGGCGCGAGUUUAUGCCCAACUAUCCCUUUGUCAUCAUCCCGGAGAAUCUGGAUCCUCGGACUUUGUAUGCGUCGUCGCGAUGUCUCUUUUGGACCAUCAUGGCGGCGGUAACGCCCCAGUCGUCGGCGACUCAGCAAGGUGUUGAGAACUGGUUUCGUCAGUAUAUCGCAGACAGAAUGGUUGUGAAGCAGGAAAGGAACUUGGGAAUUUUGCAAGCUCUCCUCCUUCACCUGGCUUGGGGUGAUUUUCACUUCUACAUGAAUACGGAAGCGACGAAUUUUGUGCAUCUGGCUGUUGCCAUGGCUCUGGACCUUAAAUUGGACAGGUCUCCGGAGUCUACUAAGAUGCAUCCCAAGUCUCUCCUGGGAGAAGCCUGGGCAACGCUUGACAAGGGCAUGUCGAAGCCAAGACCACAUACUGCCGAUGAGAAGCGAGCAGUUUUGGGGCUUUACCACAUUACAUCGCUCAUAUCUGCCCUGUUCAAACGAGGCACCCAGUUUCCUUGGAACAACUAUCUUUCGCAAUGCUGCGAAUCGUUGGCCGAAUCCUCCUUGGAGGCUAACUUAUUUCUGGUUGCACUCAUUAAAAUGCAGCGCGUCGCCGAUCGUGCCUACGGCUUGCUGCCUGGUUUUGAUGUGGUUGACGUUGGGCUGAGUGCGUACUUGUCACCUAUGGAUAUGGUGAUUAACAACGUUCGUCGAGAACUGUAUGACUUGAUAAGCAUGCAGCCUGAAUGCGUCAAGGAGAGGAGUACGUAUCAUCCUAUCCAUUCAAAAUGCCCUGUCGCUGACCAGCAAUCACCAGACAUCUUCAAAGCGUAUUAUCAAGUCACUCUCAUGCGCCUCGCCGAGGCGGCAAUUCCCACGCAAUUCACCACACCCGUCGAAAUCAGCACAUUGAAUACAGAACCGCUACAACGCUUCGACACUCUCUGGAAAUGCCUCCUCGCCGCCGUUGACUUCUUUGACACGCUCUGCUCUUUUCAUCCCAACGAGCUGCCAGGUCUUCCCACAUCAGUUACGGGACUUCUCGCUUUUGCCAUUGUCACUAGUUCCCGUUUGCUCCUGUUAGAUCCCUCAAUAGACUGGCAGCCCGCGAUGGCUCGCAGAAAACUCGAACUUGCAGACGUCAUGAAGCGUCUCAGCGACCGCUUCGAGGAGGCAGACACGUGGGCCAAGGAAGCCGGCCGCAGACGCCGUCUUCUAGAUGGCGGCGGAACUCAGUUUUGUAGACUCAGCUUCAAACUUCGGUGGAUUCGCCAGUGGUAUCUCUCGCGGGUUCCGCAGGAGCAGCCGGUGAUGGCGGAGACACAGCCUCCUGGGGAGCCGCUCACGGAUCCAGAUGCUGUAUUUUGGCAGGAGUAUGAGUUUGAGGAUGCGCUUUGGCCGGAUUUCAUGACCAUGUAUAAUUCAAACUUUGUAGUCCCCCCGGCGGUUGAGGCAUGA